AUGAGAGUAACAACUGAAGGGAAAAGAAAUGGAAUCCAAUGGACAAUGUGCCAACAACUGGAUGACCUGGAUUUUGCUGAUGACAUUGCCCUCAUCUCCAGUACCCAACAACAAAUGCAAGACAAAACAUCUCUCCUAGCAGCAACAUCAGUUAAACUAGGAUUGAAACCUAAUGAAAGUAAGACAAAAAUUAUGAAAAUUAAUGCAAAGAGUAAACAGUCUAUCAAAAUAAGGGAUACCAUCCUGGAAGAAGUUGAGGAGUUUACUUACCUUGGAAGCAUUGUGAUUGUGAAUGGAGGUACCGAUGCUGAUGUUAAGACCAGAAUAAACAAGGCUAGGGUCAUCUUCAACAUUCUGGGGAAAAGCAAAUCAAGCCCCCAUAGAUAUCCAAAUCAAAAAAAGCAAAUGGUCAUGGAUUGGACACACACUGCGAAAACCACCAAGCAGCAUCACAAAACAAGCCCUCAAAUGGAACCCCCAAGGAAAAAGAAACAGAGGAAGACCAAGGAGCAGCUGGCGCAGAGUUACGGAGGCAGAAUUAAAAGAGCAAGGCUACACCUGGAACUUAGCAGAAAGAUUAGCGCCAAACAGAGUCAGAUGGAGGGAGAGGAGCAAAGGGCUAAGUAA